GCACACAAACUGUAUGCGUCAGUGCACCAUGGAGAGAGCUGCUGUGGUGUCGGGCUGCAGGACUCCCUCAGUGCCAGAGUACAACAUCUCCACCUCCACCUUGGCCUUCAACCAGCAUUUCAUCACAACUGCCAAAGGAAUUCUCCUCCUGGCUGAGAUAGUGUGUGGUAUGUUAGUGUGGAUUCUGGUUGGGGGUACACACUAUUUUCAUCUGUCUGCUCUUUGCUGGGUGAUGUUUGUUGCCAUCUUGUGCUGGAUUCUGACUGUUUCCCUGUUUAUUAUUUACCUCAUUGGAGCCCACAAGAGGAUACCACAGGUCCCCUGGACUACAGUGUCGCUGUGUUUGAACUGUAGUGCUGCAGUUCUCUAUCUGGUGACAGCAGUGGUAGAUGCUCUGACAGUCACUGAGGCCAUUAGGGGGCGACAUAACUACAACUGCUGGGCAGCAUCUGCGUUCUUUGCUUUUCUGACCACACUGUGCUAUGCAGGAAGCAGUUACCUGAGCUUCUGUGACUGGAAAACCACAGAGGAGCAGCAGUAGUCUCAUUGGCUCUUGUUUCAUGGCAACAUUGUUCAGACUUCCACAGUAUGAGGAACAUGUCUGACUGAGACAGAUCUACCUUCAGACACGACAAGGCCAACUUGUAUAGAGAUAAUGAUCAUGAUAGAAUACCUUUGUUGCGUGUCAUAUUGUGAGCAGGACAAUAACUGAAGACUGACAAAGGUCGAGUUCAAUGAGGGCACAAAUCAGUUCGAAAACACUGGAAUCUGACACAGUAAAAACUGUAGAUGAAGUGUGUUGUACCCACAAGACAAAUACAGUCAGCUGUCUGCACUUUUGGACAAGAAGAAAAAAGAAAAAUGAUAAGACAUAAAAAAGAAUGAAGUGAUGGGUGUGUGUGGUAGACAAAUGCAGAUGUGUAACAGGCUGCUAACUUUCUUUUCCUAUAUCUAACUGUGUUGUAGUUGUUGGGUAGAUUUUUUUUGCCUUUUUCUGCCUACCCCAGCUUUAAUCCUUUUUUUAUUCAGGUGUCAUGUAAUCUUUUCCAAAUGUUUUUCUCCAUCACUGUCACAUUCAACAAGUUGUUUUCAAGUUGAGGAAAAAAAAACUCACUCACUCAUUCAUUCAUGAAUCAUUAAUUUUACAAAACAUUGUAUGAUGCAUGCAACAUUUUACAAAUCUCUCCAAUUACAAACACGCAGAAAUAAAAAUCUUUCAGUUCAUUUCAA